ACUGUACUCAAAAAGUUGCGAGCCUUAAUACAAUUGUGCACAUCAAUACUACCUACCUAGAUACCUAGCAGGUAUCUUCUCAAAUGGCUUUUCCUCUCCAAAAUCCAUGUUUUUAUAUACUUGAUCAUUUAUUCCAUCUAAAAACAGACAUUCAAAUCAUCACUUCUCAUGAGUAUUUUCCAUAGUCAUGAUCGAGAAACAUACGGUCCAAGCACGGUGGAAGGAAGCCUUUGAAACAAGAAUAGAAACGUCUAGCUACCUACCUACGCGUUCUACGAUAGAUAAAUGUGUAAAUAUGGAUGUUUGAUGGAUCGUCAGGGAUGAUUUCCCCUUCCCUUUCCCCAGUCCUGUAGCUAGAAGAAGUAAGGAAAGGUACUACCCAUUCAUCCUUGCCCAUGAGCCUACCACCAAAAUCAAUUUACGCGCAAACGCGAUCUCUCUCUCGUCUUAUCUCAACGCGUCAACCAAAUUCAUGGCAAUGAAAUCCAAAUGAAAUCUACCAGGUAAUUCAUCAAACAAUCUUUCAUUCCAAAUUUGAACUUUAAAAUAAAUCAUCUCAAUUACUUCAUUGUCUAAUAUUGUUUCCUCUAUUCUCUCAAUAAUCUCAUCUUAUCUUUUUACUCCAAAAGACCCCUCAUUGAUAAGCUGAUUCAUCACUCCCAUCCAACAAACCAGAUCCAAAUUCAAUCCGCAUAUUUCAAUCUCAAUCUCUGCCACCCCUCAAAAUGCCAAAACGAGCCCGCGCUGAACCUGCCGAGACUUACGACUCUGACGGUGGUUUCGUAUCCGAUGAUGAUGGUGCUGUUCGCAAGUCUAAGAAAUCCAAGACCACCAGAGCUACCAAAGCCACUACAGCAGCGAAACCCACUUCCUCCUCCUCCGCCAUCUCUCCUUCAUGGGACCUCUCUACUGGACGCACUCCUCGCAAAAUUGAGCUUUCAGAUUUCAAAGGUCAAACGCUCAUAAACAUUCGCGAGUUCUAUGAGAAAGAUGGAAAUGUUUUACCUGGAAAGAAGGGUAUCUCCUUGACAGUUGACCAAUACAAAAACUUCCUCAAAUCCAUCCCCCAAAUCAACGCCAAUCUUAAGAAAAAAGGUAUUGACGUUGGUCCCGGAGAAGCAGAGGUAGAGGAAGACGAGGAAGAAGAGUCAGAUGCCAACGAUGAAGAAGAGGAAGAAGCCGUAGAAACAGACUCGGAAGCCGACAAAAAGUCCAAGAGCAAGAAUAAAAAAGUCAAGCCAGCAGCGCAAAAGGCUAAGAAUAAGAAGGGUAAGAAAGAGAAUAUUGAAGCUACGAGUGAUGAGGAAGAAUGAGGAGUUUGAAUUUAAGUUCUUAAGAUUAUUUGAGAGGGGUCUUUUACUUUUGAGAAGCAUCCCAGGGAAAAAAUUGUCGCUUCGAGAUUUAAGGGGGCCAAUUUCAAAUGAUCUUGAGGGAUUCUUUCGGAAUUAAUUGAUGUUGCAGAUUUGCUAAUGUUUCUGUUAUCUACUUCACUUGAUUGCCCUUUUCAUAUGAUAUCAAAUCAUGUGAAGGGUACAUCUUGCUGUUAGCCACCUGAGGAUCUUUAGAGUUGUGGAAUCAGGAGCUUAUCUUGAAAUGUUCGGAUGAUUUCAAAGGAGAUUAUUUGAGAAACACACGCGCACACACAUGCACACACGCUGUUAGGGUUCGAUGAGAUUGCAAUGAUGC